UGAAUCACCUCGUGCUCGUUUUGAGCAUUGUCGGCCUCUCUAAGGCAGAUACUCAUCCGCGAGGAUGAUUUCACUGCUACUCCCGGUACGUUCCCAGAUCUCACGGACGGUAAGCUGUCAGUGGGAUCUUGGUUCCAAGCUAAGAGGGCAGAUUUUAUCAUCCUGUCCAGGUCUAAAUGCGUGCAAAAUGUCGUGGAAAGUCCAGCUUCAUACCCAACCAAGGCGGACAGUCGUAGGCACACAUUGCGCAAGGUGACCUUGUUCUGCCGCACCUGUCUCUGGCCAAGUGAUUUGGGGUUUCUGUAUUCACACUGUACUGUCAGCCGACCUGUUCAAAAUGUUGACUCUAGCAACACCAAAGACGCGUCAUUCAAGACAUGGCAGCUUGACAAAUUCGAUCGACAAGGUGUUUGCUUCAACGUCCAGACUCUUGAUCGCGUCGCCGACCACAUUUACGAAGAUGGCCAGUCCUGAAAAGGUCCCUUCCACUACAACUGCGCCCCUAAUUCCGGAUAAGAUUUUUCCGAAUCUGUACAUAUCAGACAUUCACACUGCGAGAGCAGUCUUGAGUCCUAAUUAUCCUGCACCGAACAGGCCAGUCAUUCGGUACAUUCUUUCAGUCAUUGACAGUGCAGACCGGCAACCCAAGGUCUCCCGCGGAGAUGAAUCGAAAUUCGUGCUCAAGUUCAUCAAUUUACGCGACGUGCCAACAAUAGACCUCCUGGUGGUGCUUCAGGACGCCUGCGAUUUCAUCAAGUCAAGCCUUGCCAACAAUGAUGGCGGGGUGCUUGUUCAUUGUCAAAAGGGCGUUUCUCGGUCAGCGUCCGUCCUAAUCGGCUUUGUCAUGGAAGAAAUGGACUUGGACUAUGACACUACUCUUCGUUAUGUCCGCGGGGGACGGUCAAAUAUCAGACCCAAUUCCGGAUUUGAGAAGCAAUUGCAGCUCUGGCACAAAUUGAGGUACAGCAUCUACGAGGCUGAUGGCAAAACCCAUAAAGAGGAGUAUGUCAUUUGGAAAUGCAACAACGAAGAGCAAAUCAAGUCUUUGGGUAUCAAAGCAGCCGAUCAGCGCAAGGAAGACAACAAGAAGAGUUGAAAUAGUCCGAAGUCUCGAGGCGGUUGGCUAAGCGCUCACAUCGUAGUGCAACGCUCACGGCUCACGGCGCACGGUUUUGGACCGGAGUUAUGCAUUUCCGCUGGAGUUUCAAAUGUGUACCAAACAAUGGG